GUUUUUACGGUGGCAUGUGUGAGUGUUUUGCGUAAUAUAUCAGUUAACUUUGCUGCUCGUUGUAUGUGGAGGUGAAUAAGUUAAAAAGACCAUUAAACUGUGUAUUCAUGACAUUUAGUUUCCAAAUAAUUAGCGGUUUACUUCAAAACAAAGUGUGUCAUUUAAAACUUUGACGAGUCAGUUGUGAAUUUGAAAGAUGAAUAAUUAAUGUGAGCAGUCUGCUUCUGUUUAACCAGCAGCACGAUGGUCCUCUGUGCAUUGAGGCGACAGCUCUUGAGGAGCGGCAGCCGCUGUGGAACCUGGACCAGGCUGCUGCAGAGACCGAGCAGUGGGUGUGUUUACUCCAGCACCGAUGGCUUCAACCACCAGGAGAUCAGAGAGAAGCUGCAGGCCUUUCCUGGAGGCUCCAUUGAUCUGCUGAAACAGGACUCUGGCAUUGCAGUGCUGACCAUCAACAACCCUUCUCGCAUGAACGCCUUCUCCGGCAGCAUGAUGGUGGACCUGGAGGAGAGGGUGACCCAGCUGGAGAACUGGACAGGCGGCAAAGGCCUCAUUGUUCAGGGUGCUGCUGAAACUUUCUGCUCUGGAUCGGACCUCAACGCUGUUCGAGCAAUAUCCAACCCACAGGACGGGAUGAAAAUGUGUAUGUUCAUGCAAAACACUCUUACGAGGCUGGUCAGGCUGCCUCUCAUCUCUGUUGCUUUGGUGGAGGGGAGAGCUUUAGGAGGAGGCGCAGAACUCACCACUGCCUGUGAUUUCAGUAAGCCUUAUGCAAUUCUCAGAUUAAUGGCAUCAGGCAGCGUGAUCCAGUUUGUCCAUAAACACAUGGGUCUGGUCCCAGGCUGGGGUGGCGCCGCGCGACUUGUCCGCCUUGUCGGGAGUCAGAAUGCACUGAAACUGCUGGGUGGGGCUGUAAAAGUGGACCCUGAACUCGGCCUGCACAUUGGACUGUCAGAUGAGGUCCUCGAGGCCCAGCAGGAAGCAGAAGGUGUGGUCACUCUUCUACAGCAGGCUGAAAACUGGCUGAGUCGCUACACUAAAGGACCUGCCCCGGUGAUCCAGGCUGUGAAGAAGGUCGUGUUGUCAGGAAGAGAGCUUCCUCUGUCGGAUGCUCUCAGGACUGAGAAGGAUGUGUUUGGGACGGUGUGGGGCGGUCCGGCUAACCUGCAGGCUCUGGCCAGCAAACCCAAACACAAAUGACCUGGUCUAAAUGUCUCUUCAGACUCCCAGGAACGCCUCGGAUCAGCAAACAUCAACAGAGAUAUUUUCUAAAUGCCCAUCCUGGUCGAAAUAGUUCAUAAGAUGCCAAACAAAGAACUGAUACAGCACAUGUGGGGAGACUGACUCUGGUUUAGCCUUACUGAACUGACUUUAGUGGACUGAAAACAUCUAUACUUUCAUGUAUUAAGCAUAAGUCUAUGUUUUAAAUGUGGACUUCAUAGUUUCAGUGAAUUAAUUGGAACUGCUUCAUUGCCUCGAAUAUACUAAUAAUGUGAGCUCACUCGUCACAUACUCCUGUGGUUCUGAUGUAUUUUUUUUACACCUACUCUUGACAAGUAUAGAAGAUGCAGAUAUACAUAUUAAUAGUUCCACUAAUGUUAUUUAUUUGGUUAGCUAUUGCAAACGAAACUCUACAGUAAAACAAUUACCAUAAAUACAAAGCUUCCUGUUCCUUUGGGUUUUUAGUUUAGAAACUAGAUUUGGCAGUUACUUCUUCACUUCUUCAGUGUCAGCUGAGCUAACGUCUUGUUUUAUUGAUAGUGUGUAGACUGACACUGUAAAUGAGGACUUAUUUAUCUACUAAUUAAAAUUGUAUCUGUAAAUAACAAUGAAGAUGCUGUAUGAUCCCACGGUAUUAUGAUCAGAUGUUUUUCUAAAUCCCUACUGUGCCCAUCAAACAAAUGAAAACUGUCUGUGUUGCAGAUCUCCUGACUAUGUGAUUAUGAUAAUGAUUCGAUCGUUCCAGGCUGAGUCUAACCAAAGCAGACAGACACUAAUGAAAUAUAACAAGCAGCAUCUGUCUGCAGGAUUGAGAGAUGCUGCUGCACAUCUUUCCUGUUUUACUUGUCUUUGUAGGUUAGUUCAGCUGAGCUUUCAGAUUCCUGUGCUCAUGAUGCCAUUGUGACCUGGAUCAUUCUCUCUUUCUGUCUAUUGUAGUAGGGGAUUUAAUGCUGUAAGAGCUGAAUUCAGACUGAUUUCCACUA